GAACGCAGCGGCGGCGACGGCUGUGGCGGUGGCGGGCGGCUCGGGCCUGGUCCCGGUCGGUGCAGGACCUGUCGCGGGCCGCGUCCCCUGCUGUACGAGGAGGAGGCCGUGCAGGGCUUGACCCUGCUCUCCCCCAGCCUUUGCAUCGCCGCUGCCGUCUUUCGCGGCCGUGGUUUUCAACGUCUCCUGCGCGUGAAGUAACCGCGUCGCCGGGGCUCGCCGCCUCAGCUGCCGCGGGCUUCAGAGGACUCAACCCUUGGGCAGCAGCUGCUCCCUUCCCGGUAUCCCGCCUGUGCAGGACUUUCCGAGGUGAAAUAAUCCGUAGCGAGCGGCAGCUUACCUGAAAGGAACCCGAAAUAAAUUGAUCAAGACUUGGACCGAGAUGGUAUCUGUGCUCAAAAAUGUCAAGGCAACAAUGGGCUGGCGGAAACACCAGCUCCUAGCUGACUUUGAUGAAAAUGAAAGCCCUGUACCAGACAAAUUCAAGAGAAAGGCUUCUUUGAGUUCUCUCAAUACCAUCCGUAUGUCUCUAAGGAAGCGAAUACCUUUAAAACAGGUAGAGCUGAAUUUCCAUGAGACCCCAACUUGGGAAAGUAUGGAAGCAAGAGCAAAGUGCCAAACUCUCCGGAGUAUUACAAGAACAGCAAGAAAUGCUUUUGGAACGGUGUCCCAGAAAAUACAGAAGACUCACCAAAACCCAAUACAGUCAAUUGUGGCCUUUCCGGAUGAAUCUGUGGGUCGGAGAAGCCAUGUGACCAGUUCUUCCAAGAAAAGAAGUACUAUGCCUCAAACCCCUUGCCAUAACAAGAAUAGUGUUACUCCAGCAGCCAGUUCCAUGAGCACCCCAGGAUCCAGCAAAAGAGCCUUGCUUGGGCCAACAAGGGUGUCAGAACACAGAGAAUGGAGGGGUUUCCCAUCCUGGCACGGUGAAGAUGCUCUCCCACUCCGGAGAUCAAGAAGAGCAGCAGCACUUAAGAGCCCUUAUUCAUCACCUGCUUGUGCCAGCAGAAUGACAGAGUUUGAGUGUGAGUUGGAACUGGUCUCCUCAGGGAUUCGACGACUGAAGCACCUCUCUCAGGCACUUGAUGAUGGUAUUGAACAAGAGGAGAGUGAUAUGACAGUUUCUCUCAUUUGUAACUGAAGAUAGUAUCAACCAGGUAAAGUAGUUGUUCACUUACUUUGACUAUAUCUGCAUGCACCUGUGAGGAGAAAAACUGCUGUUUGGAGAGGGACAGACAUAUUAACUCAAAGUUUUCUUAAAAUCUUACUGUGUGGAACCAAAGGGUUCUUUCCAUCAUAUUCACUGUGGCAUUCUCUGCUACAGAAGAUCAUUGUGCAGUUGUGAAGCAGCCUCUGUAUUGAAGAUUAGUGAAACCUUGCGUCUUUGCAAUGAACCGUAAACUGGGCUUCUAUGCAAACAGCAGCUUUUUUCACCCCAGAUCAGAAAACUACUAGUACUAAUGUCUUUGUCAUUUGAUCUCAGUUCUUACUGAUUAAUAACAGAGAUCACAAAGCAUGACAGAACAAACUACAUGUAUUACCCUGAGCUAAUUUUACAGCCUUUAUUUUCCAUCCCUAGCAUUGUACUAGCAGUUAACAUGAUGCUGUGACAAAAACAGUAGAUGAUUCCUGUGUUGCUGGCAUUCUUAUUAAACACAAUUGCACCUAAGUGGAUGGGAACAUGAAUUCUUUGCUUUGUGUUUCUGAAAAUCACCUUCUAGUAUCAACUCAUUGAACCAUUACCAGGUUUGCUAUGAGAAUGUCAUAAGAGCCUUGAUAACCUUCACUGUGAUCUGUGUUAUGACAUUAAUAUCUUCACCUGUUAACAUCUGAACUAUUCUUUCUGUUUAAAGGGAAAGUUAUAUCAUGAAUACUAGUUCCUGUUCUUGCAACAAAGGUAUAAGAACUUGAUUUCUGUAACUUAGGGAAAAGAGAAAAAAAAAAAGGUAAAAUACAACUCUCUGCUACCUGGGAGCAGUUUCAAAUGCUUGCUUGAAGCUUACAACAGCUAUGUGUACUGCUUCCUCAGAGUGAUUUGGUCCAGUUCUCCUGCCCAUGUAGAUGCAUACAAUGUGCUCCAGCACUUGCUUGUUUGUAAGAUCCCCAUUUGGAAUAGUUGUGAAAUACAUUUUUUUGGAGGUGUGCUUACACUCACUCUAGCGCAUUACCUUCUCUUGUGGUAUUCAGUUGCCAUGAAUUAUUUUAUUACAGCUUCCAUUUAAUCUUUUCCAUAAUGAAACAAGCCUUUGUUCUCAAACUGAUGAUGGUUGCCAGCUCCAUGCAUUGCUCAGAUGUAUCUGUUUUAAUGAAUUACAUUAUAUCACAAUAAAUGCUCUUGUUGCUAGUUAAA